AUGGCCCCGGCCCUGCGCAGCCUCCAGCGGCGCAGCCUCUGGCUGCUCCUGGUGCAUCACCUCUUUGUGGCCACCGCCUGCCAAGACGUUGAUCACGAUGCCAUCCUGCAGGAGGCCUGCCUCGCCCAGUUCCAGAUGGACAUGGAGGCCAUCGGUAGGACGCUGUGGUGUGACUGGGGCAAGACCAUCGAGAGCUACGGAGAGCUCAGAGACUGCACCAAGUACGUGAUGGAUAGGCUGAACUGCUACUGGCCAAACGCCGCGGUCAACAAGUUCUUCAUCUCCGUCCACCAGCGCUACUUCAGAAGCUGCCCUGUCUCUGGCCGGGCCCUGCAGGACCCGCCCAUCAGCAUCCUCUGCCCCUUCAUCGUGGUGCCCAUCCUGAUGACCCUGCUCAUGACUGGGCUGGUGGUCUGGAGAAGCAAGCGCACCGAGGGCGUUGUGUAG